AUGGUGAUAGUUCAUGCUAAUAAGUUUGUCAUUACAAAGAGGAUUCUAAGUUACCGGAAAAUUUCCUGCAAAAAUGCUUCAAGCUCUGCAACUAUAUUCUUCAGGAAUUCAACAGGAAUACGAUACUUACAUAAUUCCAGAUUAACAUAUAACAAAUAUCAAGCUAAUACCACCACCACCGCUACCACCGCCACAAAUACAAAGAAUAGCAGCCAAAGACAAUUUGAUAUUGAAGAAUUGAAAGAAGCUUUUAAAACUGAUGAUCAUGUUCAUAUGAGAGAAUCAGAGUUUGAACAAAAUGAUCAAUUAAUCCUAGGUUCAAUGCUAUAUAGAGAUUCGUUAGAUGCUAUUCCUACAAACACCUCUGCGCUCAAGAAUACUGAUAUUACAAAUUUGCAUUCACACUCACAUGGCCACUCACAUUCUCAUGGUCAUAUAGAAAAUAAUCCACUAUUAAUAUUAAGUACAAGGGAAUUUAGAGAAAAUCCAGGUGUAAGAAUCACUUGGGUAGGGUUAGCUACGAACGUUUGUAUUGCUGUGGGGAAGUUUACAGGUGGAAUAGUAUUCCAUUCCCAAGCUUUAUUAGCAGAUGCAGUUCAUGCAAUGUGUGAUAUGAUAUCAGACUUAUUAACGCUUUUAUCUGUUGGCCUUGCAGCAAAUAAGCCUUCGAAGACUCAUCCUUUUGGAUAUGGGAAAGUGGAAACAGUAGGCUCGUUAGCGGUUUCCACCAUUUUGACAACUGCAGGUCUUUCAAUAGGAUGGUCAUCUUUGGUAUCCAUUGUAGGUCCAAUUAUUCCACAUACUCUUAUUGAGACAAUUUAUAAUUUCUUACCUACAACGGUUUCAGAAACAGUAUCACAUGCUCAUUCACAUUCUCAUCUUUCAAACGUAGGUACUGAUGUAACAAACGUUAAUGCUGCUUGGAUUGCGGCUGCCUCCAUUGCAUUAAAAGAAUGGAUCUUUAGAGCAACUAAAAAAGUUGCUUUGCAGACUAACUCAAAUGUUCUUAUGGCAAAUGCUUGGCAUCAUAGAGUAGAUUCAUUAACAUCAUUAGUAGCACUUGUUACAAUCACAUCAGGGUAUUGGUUGAAUAUUGCAAGUCUUGAUGCAAUUGGUGGGCUAAUUGUAUCUACAAUGAUUAUUAAAGCUGGGUACGAAGGAAUAAUUGGAUCUUUAAAAGAACUAAUUGAUAAUGCCAUCAACCAUAAAGAUCCAAGAUACGUUGAAAUUAAGGCAAUGUUAAAUGAAAUCUUAGGAAAAUUGAUAUCAAAUAAUAAUUCAGGAAACCCAUAUAAAGUCUUAGAUUUAACUCUCUUAGCUUCUGGACCAACUUUAAGGGCCUAUGUAACUCUUGAGGUUCCAUUACAAAAAUGGGAAAAUGUCUUAACUAUCAAAGAAUUCGAAAUUGUUACUGAUCAAUUAAGGAAAAUAAUGUAUCAAAAUGUACCAAAUAUGAGCAAAUUAAAUAUUGAAUUUAAAGAAGAAAGACCAAGCUUAACGGAAGAUCAACUAAAGGACAUUAAUAACCAAAAAAAAUUAACUAAUAAUCAAGUACUCUUACCAAAUAUUGAAACUAAAACCGAGCAACAUUCUCAUGGUCAUUUUCAUUCACAUUUCGGAUUAAGUGACGGUCAUACUCAUAGACAUUAG